UACAGGAAGUGAAGAGGGACAGGAGGCGUGACUCGAGAUAGAGUUAUCAAAUCACGGCGGACAUUUGUCAUAAAACACAAACGAACUUUCAAACGGUAGCCUUGCCAAAGGCUCGUGAUUACUUUCGCGCUUGUUUGUGACAAUUAAUAGGCAAGUGCAAUGGAGACAUACGAAAGCGUCCUUCUGGUGAAAUCUGAAGUCUUUGUCUUUAAAAUUCCGCCAAGGUCAACCAAUAGGGGUUAUCGAGCAGCUGAUUGGAACUUGCAAGAACCUUCAUGGACUGGACGCAUGCGAUUAGUGUCACAGGGUGAUACCAUAACGAUAAAGCUGGAGGACAAAGUCACGGGUGAAUUGUUUGCCAAGUGUCCCAUCGAGCAGUAUCCUGGAAUAGCUGUAGAGCCAGUCACUGAUUCUUCCCGAUAUUUUGUUCUAAGAAUUCAAGAUGACAACGGACGAUCGGCCUUCAUAGGUGUUGGAUUUUUAGACAGAUCCGAUAGUUUCGAUUUGAAUGUUGCUCUUCAGGAUCAUUUCAAAUGGUUGAAAAAUCGGGAACAAAUCGAAAAAGAGAAGGAGAAGCCGAAACAAGAGUUAGAUCUUAGAUUUAAGGAAGGUGAAACUAUCAAGAUUAACAUGAAGAUUACCAAAAAAGAUGGCAGUGAGGUUGCAUCCAAAUCCAGACAACGUGCUAAUCCGGCCGUGGGUUUGCCACCUCCACCAGGUGGUGUCAAGAUUGCUCCACCACCGGCAAAGACUCCUACUUCCUCACCAGCACACAAACCACCAGCACAAAAUCAAAAUCAAGACACUACAGGUUCCGAGUGGGGCGAAUUUGCCAGUGCUUCUCAGCCAACACCAGCACCAGCACCUACAUCUACAGUAGCCAAUGCCAGUUGGGUGCAAUUCUAAGUUUCAAAAUAUAUGUAUAUAAUAUAUUAUAUAGAUACUUUAAAUAUGCAGGUUGAGUCUCCGAGGUUUGUGGCCACGCUUCAAAAGUGUAUUCUAAAAAUGAAAGGGGGUUUCAUAUAAGUAUGGAUUAUAAGAAAAUCAAGAAAAAAGUAUUUAUAAUAAGAGGUAGAGAGAAAGAGAGAAGGGAAAUAAGUUUUUUAAUCCAUGCUUGUAUGAUCCGUUCUUAUCCUUAAAAUAAAUUAUUUCUUUAAAAAUUUCACCACUUUUGAGAUCAUCCUGCAUAUUAAAGAAAAUAAUCGAUAUGAGUUAGGGAUUUUAAAAGUAAUUAUGAAAGGGCGUCUCUGUGAGUAGAAGAAAGAGAGUUUGAUGUAUAUUUCCAGUACUAUAUAGUGUGCAGUGAAAAUUAGAGCAUCAUCUAGGAGAUAAAGAGGCGAUAUUUUUCAUGAAAAUUUAGUGAAAAUUUAAUAGAACAUGUGCUUCUUUUUACAGACUUUCUCCAUUAAAAAAUAAUAAUUUUAAUAAUAUAUUUCAUGCACUUAAAAUUAAGUUUAACAGAUAUAUAUUUAGUUAUAAUUAUAUAGUGUUAUAUAAUUUCAAAUGAUUUACAAUGAUUCAGUUCUUGAUAUUUCACAUCAAGAAGAGAUGUAAUAAGUAAUAGCGGUCUAUAAAGAUAUCUGUUAGGCCGAAUCUCGAAUAAUGAUAUUUUAUAUGAGUACGAAAAAAAAUAUUACUUUCUAGUUAUAUCUGCAAAAACAUGUCCCUCAAUUACGCAUCGCGUAUAUGAGCACUUUUAAAUUUUAUUUUAUUUUUUUUCGGAAAUAGCGAUAUGCGAAAGUUUUAUUUAUUUAGUUUUGCUCUAAACAAUUUUUCGAUUGUUAAGAUUAUUUCUAAUAUCUCCUAUGACAUAGUAUUGUACUUAUAAAUAAAUCUCAUUUUAAUUGUUUUUGAACAUCCAGUGUAUAACAGCAUAACAUAAUUCUUAUGUAAAUGUUGAUAUAUCAAAUGCAUUUAGUGCCUUGUACAUAAUAAUCCAAUAAAUUACAGGCAAGUUAAAGAAAGUUCACGACAGUUAAUCUAACAGUCUUUGAUACUUGUAGAAAUACAACGUGACAUUCAAUCCAUUGAUUUAAAUUUUUACAAUAAAUUGCUGAAUGUAAACAUUCGAUUCGAUUUUACAUAAAGAACGUUAUGUUGGUAAAGAUUUUUGUCCACCGAUGAUUUUAAUGCUUUUUAUUUGACAGUUUUAUCAUUAUAGUGUUGAUGCAAAAGGAACUGCAAUGCAAUGCAAUUUGCAUUGUACAAAACUAUUCCUUUUAUAUAUAAAAAGAAA